UAUCUACACUAGCUGAGAAAGUAGGCGUAUUAUGCUCAACCAAUCCGGUUCAUAGACGAACAAAUCGUUGCUAUAAAUUCGUGGCGCAGCAGCCUUUUAUUACGGUAUUUUCAGCAACUCUUCCUAAUCGCGUCUACAUACAAUCAUGGCCAAGGACAUGACACUACUUUGGGGCUCUGGCUCCCCUCCAUGCUGGCGUAUCAUGAUCGCUCUGGAAGAAAAGCAGCUGCAGGGAUACAACCAGAAACUUCUGUCCUUCGAGAAAAAUGAGCACAAGUCUAAAGAAGUCCUGGAAAUCAACCCCAGGGCGCAGCUCCCUGCUUUUAAACAUGGGGACAACAUACUUAACGAGUCUUAUGCGGCAUGCAUGUACCUGGAGAGCCAAUUCAGGACCCAGGGGACCCAGUUGAUCCCUGAGGGCCCAGCAGAACAGGCCUUGAUGUACCAGCGUAUGUUUGAGGCCCUCAGCCUCAAUGACAAGCUCAGUAAUGUUGUCUACUACAACUAUCGUGUCCCAGAAGCAGAGAGACAUGACUCUGCAUUGAAGAGGAACAAGGAGAUCCUCACAACCGAAUUGCACCUGUGGGAGAGAUACAUGCAGAAGAUGAAGACCGGCUCCUACCUGGCAGGGAAAGCCUUCUCAUUGGCUGACGUUAUUGUCUUCCCUGUGAUUGCCUACGCAUUCCGCUUCGGGCUCUCUGAGAAGCGUUACCCUAAACUGGGAGCGUACUAUGGCAUGAUGAAGGACCGACCCAGUGUUAAGGCUACUUGGCCCCCACACUGGCUGGAAAAUCCUCAUGGCGGGGACUCUCUCAAGGACCUCUAAGUGACUCAUGUACUGCAGGAACACAUGACAGGAUGUUCUAGGCACUAAAACGAUCACCUUAUAUUACGCUAAUGUAACCUUGAGAAAUGUACAUGUUGCUUUUCAUGUGUGAAACCACUCUGGUUGUUUUUGCAUCAACACAUUUUAACCAUUUGGUCUUUUUAGUGUUUAUGUAACUGAAACAGUAUUUUACUGUGACUGAAUCUGCAACAUUAAAUGCUAUGAUUAAACGACCGGUCAUUCUCUACAUU